CGGCGCGUGGCGGAGCUGCUGCUGUGCGCGGGCGCGGCCGGCGGCAUCCGCUGCCUCUGCUCGCGCGCCUUCGUCGAGGAUCGAAGAUUAUAUAAACUGGGAUUAAAGGGAUUCUAUAUCAAAGAUGACAAUUAUAGUACAGGAGCAUCUGAGGAAGAAAGCUGUCGCCCUGGUACAACGUUAAAGACUGGCACGAAUCAUGCGUUGGAAGAAGAAGCUGAGCUGGACUCAGAGGCUGAGCUUAUGAAGAGUCUGGGGCUGCCUCUGCAGUUCGGUGGGCAGGCAGCUCACAGGGACUUGGUGGCAGUAGACAAUUAUAAAAAGAGAAAUUACCUGAAGAUCAUGAAAAAGAAGAAGAAAAAGAAAAAAGAGUUACAGCAAAAGCACCAUAACCAAUCCAUUUCUGAUGAGCCAGCCCCAGCUUCAGAGCAAACUGAAGAGGGGAAUAAAAUUCAGGAUAUAAAUGAAGAGAACUGUGAAAGUCAAGCAGUUCUUAUUAAUGAUGCCUUCCAGGGUGAGCUUAAAGAAAAAUGGGAGAAGUACUGGAGUGAGUACGGAGAGAGCCUUCUUUGGCAGAGCUGGCUGGAGAAGCAUAGAGAGUCAUCUGAGGCCAUAGCAACCUCUGAACCUUGGAACUCUCCUGAUACCCAGCAAGAGUGGGAGCAGCAUUACAGGGAACUGUACUGGUAUUACUGGGAACAAUUUCAAUACUGGACAAGUCAGGGAUGGACCACAGACAGCUCGUGCAAUGUGGAGGGUGACGGGGUAGCCCAGGACACUGGUCCUUYGGAAAAAACAGACUUCAUUAGCCCAGAUGCUGAGUGUAAAGUGUUGAACCUGGAGCUGACACCUUCUGACAUCAAACGUGAGGAAGCACCUUCUUCACCUGCUGAGCCCCACAGUGAAAUAAUCUCUGGGAUCUGUAACAUAAGCCUGAACUCSGAGGAAGUGGAGCAGAGCAGGGCAGCUCCAGCAGUUACCUGUGAUGAUCCUCAAAAGCAUCAUUCAUCUGACAGUGAAAACCAGGGUCCUACUGUUUCAAGCCAAAAGGAGCCAUGUGAUGGAGGAACCAGGAAAAGGAAGACUUCCAAUGACAAUGCAACUAUUAACGAGUCAGGUUCACAGGUUUCAUAUCAAUCAAACUCGAACAACAAAGAACAGUUGCUGCUUGGUAACAAGAACGAAGAUGAAGAGGAAGAGCCUCCUGAAAACAGACAUAGCAAACUCAAGAGAAGUCAUGAGCUGGAUGUGGAUGAGAAUCCAAUGGAAGAUCCUGAGGAAACCUGUUCUAUUUUGGGCUUCAAGUGYGGCACAGGACACAAGUAUGGUGGAAUUCCAGAUUUCACCCACCGAAGCGUGCAGUACCUAGAGAAAAAUGUAAAACUGAAGUCCAGGUUUUUGGACAUGCGCAAACCAAGAAAGAGCAAGAACACACACAUCUUCUUUCCAGAAGAACCUGAAAAAACAUCUUGUCAAAAAAGUAAAACAUUGAAGAAGGUAGAGCUGUUCCUGAAGCAGGUUACUAAACCUCCGGAGGAAGUUGCAUCCCAGACAACCAUCCCUCAGGAUAAAGGAGACGAAUCUUCUACAAGCAGCAACUCGGAGGAGCAGGAAAGUGUCACUGCACAAAACGUGAAACUGAGUGCUGAAAAACACAAACCACAGUCUUCCACUGUGGUUGCUUGUGAACUUGGAAUGAAUAACCUCAAAGAGGAAACAAAAGAAAUCCCAGCCAGUGGCCCUGAUUCUCAGGGUGUGGAAAGGGAGACCUGUGAUUCAGGGAGGMAGUUGAUCUCUCUGGAUAUUCCCGAUUAUCUUCGCGUGGAAACAGAAGAUGUAAGCCAAGUUGCAGAUGAAACAAAGACUGCAGAGAAGCAGCAGAAAAAAAGGAGGAGAAGGAAAAGGAUCGCACCGGGAGAUAUUCCUGCUGAGAUUGCUGCUGAUCCUGAGUUGGCCAAGUACUGGGCACAACGUUACAGGCUGUUCUCACGGUUUGAUGAGGGAAUUAAACUAGACAGAGAGGGUUGGUUUUCUGUUACUCCUGAGAAGAUCGCUGAGCACAUUGCAGUGCGCGUCAGUCAGUCRUUCGACUGCGACGUGAUAGUGGAUGCGUUUUGUGGAGUUGGAGGAAAUGCCAUUCAAUUUGCUUUGACCUCUAAAAAGGUGAUCGCCAUCGAUAUCGAUCCCGAGAAGCUCAGCCUUGCCCGGAACAACGCCCAAGUGUACGGCGUGGCAGAGCGCAUCGAGUUCAGGUGUGGGGACUUCAUGGUGCUCGCCUCCGAGCUCCAAGCAGAUGUCGUGUUUCUGAGCCCUCCCUGGGGAGGGCCCGACUAUGCCACGGCUGAAAUCUUCGACAUUCAAACCAUGAUUUGCCCCGAUGGAUUUGAAAUUUUCAGGCUCUCCAAGAAGAUCACCAACAAUAUUGUGUAUUUCCUGCCUCGGAAUGCAGACAUUGACCAGGUUGCUUCCUUAGCAGGGCCAGGAGGGAAAGUUGAAAUAGAACAGAAUUUUCUCAAUAACAAACUGAAGACAAUAACUGCUUAUUUUGGUGAUCUAAUAAGACACGACAUCUCCUGAAUUCAACGUGGAUUCUUCUAAAUGUGACUUUUGUGACUUCCUGUUUGUAUAAGCAUUAUACAGUUACCAUGUCAAAAAAUGACAAGUCCAUUUUCUUUGUACUUUGUGUUCACAAAAAGCAUCUGUGUAUUGCUACUGUCAAUAAAUCUUUAUAAUAGUUUUGAUAAUUCUAAAACUAAAACUUUUAUGGAUGUAGGAAAAAGCCUYUAUAGAAUGCAGCCUUGUAUGUUCAAUUCCCCUGAAUCAAAUGGAGUUCAGAACUUCUUUAUGACUCUCAGAUGUGCUAUUUCAGUAUGCUAUUUGGAAUAGUGCAAGCAUCAAAAAGACUAGUUGGAAAGAGACAAUGUUUGUAAAGAAUUAUGGUUAAUACCUAAGAACAGAAAUGUCAAUAUAGAAUGGAGCUAGAUGCUCUGCUAUACCACAAGCUAGAGCCCUGUAUUACUCUCUGUUCGUCUCCCUGCUCACUUGGAAGCCUUCUUAGGUUUUCUUUAUAACAGGAGGAGCUACAGAUUGUUGCAGCUGUGGAACAGAACUAGGUGUGUGACACAAGUGCAAAGGUGGAGAACCCUCUGAUUUUCUUUUGUUUUCACUGCCCAUCCUCCUUGUUGCAAAGAGCCUUUGAGGAGUUUUUCUCCCCCAGGGUUUCCUCUGCACCACACCUACYUCUAGAACCCGAGUCCUCCCUGUGUGCAGCCUUUACCCCAUCCCAGGCAGUAGCUGCAGGACGCGAGGCCAGCACCACAGCAGGGCUGAGGCCCUGCCUGCCCCGGGUGCUGGGGUCAGGCACCCGGUGCCCCUUCAGGCAGGGYCCA